AGGACGGAGGGGAAGGCAGAGGCGGCGAAAGCGGCCUGGGCGGGGUCUUCCCCUGCAAAUAUCUCCAAGCCUUUGUAGUCUCCUUUCAAAUCAGGGGUGUCCGAUUUCGGGAUCCGGCGGCGAGGAGAGCUCCUCCCGCACCACCCCGACCCCUCCUCCUCGCGCUGCUGGCAGGGGAAAUAUGAAGGGGAGUUGCUGCUGCCGCCGCCGCUGCCUCUUCGGUUCAGUGAGGAGAAGAAAAAAGCCGCAGGAGGAGACGCGGCGGGGAAAUCGCUUGGGAAAAAGGGACGCCUGCGGUCGCCCAACGCGAGAUCUGAGCAGAGGUUGCUCAGGGCAGGGAAGGCGCAGAGGAGCCCGAGACGCCUCGGCGCACGCCCCAAAGUCCUUCGGCGCGCCCGGUAUGGGGCGCGCCGUCUUCACUUGAAAGCCCUCACAGGAGGGGAAACUCGUGGAGUCAAGGCUCGGACAGCUGCGUAAGGAAACUGGAACUUCACUGCCUUCCUCUCGUACCGCUGGCCCCGUUGCUCGGGAGAAAAGAAACUGGGGCUGCCGCGGUCCUUUGGGAUUUUAAUACCGCCAGGUGGGUCCAGAAAGGCUCUCUAGCCCGCCCGUCACCUUUCCGCGGGAUUUUUGUGUGGGGAUUAUUGGCAUUUCAAGGAAGCACAAAGCCUCGGGGGAAAGUGGAAGAAAGCGUCGGAGAAUAAAAGGAAAGGGAAACAGGGGCGGAAAAAAGAGGCUUGGAGUGGAGAAGCUUUGAAGAGUUGGAAAUGUCCUGUCCCUGCUGCAGCCUGUUUAGAUACCUGUUCCUAGCCCUUCUCUUGCAUGGGCUGGGAGAAGGUUCUGCACUUCUUCAUCCAGACAGUAGGUCACACCCUCGAUCGCUAGAGAAGAGUGCAUGGCGAACUUUCAAGGAGUCGCAGUGUCAUCACAUGUUGAAGCAUCUCCAUAAUGGAGCCCGCAUCACUGUACAAAUGCCUCCCACCAUUGAAGGACACUGGGUCUCCACUGGUUGUGAAGUAAGGUCGGGCCCAGAAUUCAUCACAAGAUCCUACAGAUUUUACCACAAUAAUACAUUCAAGGCAUAUCAGUUUUACUAUAAGGGUAACCGCUGCACAAACCCAAUCUAUACCUUAGUUAUUCGUGGUAAAGUUCGUCUUCGCCAAGCAUCCUGGAUCAUUCGAGGAGGGACUGAAGCUGAUUACCAGCUGCACAACAUGCAGAUCAUCUGCCACAGUGAAGCAGAAGCUGAAAGACUAAGUCAGUUGGUGAACUGUACAUGUCCUGGAUUUCUCUCAGAAGAUAAACCCUGGGAGCAGAAUGUGAGCUAUGAUUUAUGGAGAGAGGAGAAUGGUUACGAAUGCACCAGAGCACUGAAUUUUGCUAUGCAUGAACUUCAACUCAUCCGUGUAGAGAAACAGUACCUUCACCAUAAUUUAGAUCACUUAGUAGAGGAGUUAUUUCUUGGAGACAUCCACACUGAUCCUGCUCAGAGGAUGUAUUAUCGUCCAUCUAGUUACCAACCUCCUCUUCAAAAUGCGAAGAACCAUGACCAUUCAUGUAUAGCAUGCAGGAUCAUCUAUCGGUCAGAUGAACACCACCCACCAAUAUUGCCUCCAAAGGCUGAUUUGACUAUUGGAUUACAUGGGGAAUGGGUGAGCCAGCGCUGUGAAGUGCGUCCUGAAGUGCUGUUUCUAACCAGGCACUUUAUCUUCCAUGACAACAACAACACCUGGGAAGGUCACUACUAUCAUUAUUCUGACCCAAUCUGCAAGCACCCAACUUUCACCAUCUAUGCCAAGGGUCGUUACAGCCGAGGAGUACAUUCAUCCAGAGUGAUGGGUGGAACAGAAUUUGUGUUUAAAGUGAAUCAUAUGAAGGUUACUCCCAUGGACAUAGCUACUGCCUCACUACUGAAUGUCUUCAAUGGGAAUGAGUGUGGAGCAGAAGGAUCAUGGCAAGUUGGGGUGCAGCAAGAUGUUACGCAUACCAAUGGCUGUAUUGCUUUGGGGAUUCGUUUGCCUCAUACAGAGUAUGAGAUCUUCAAAAUGGAGCAGGAUGCCAGAGGGAGAUACUUGCUGUAUAAUGGCCAGAGGCCUAGCGAUGGAUCCAGCCCAGACAGACCAGAAAAGAGAGCUACCUCCUAUCAAAUGCCCUUAAUUCAAUGUACUUCAUCAGCACCAAGAGCAGAUGAAACUUUAGAAGAAAACAAACUAGGAUGGUACAACAGUGGGGUACCAGCAAAGAAUCCCUGUGCAUUUGUUUUGGCUAUGAUGCUGGCGGUUAGCACUGUGCCAAAAUUGGACAUUUACAGCUAGAAGCACAUUUUCAAAAGACUCAGUAUCAGGACAAGUGUAGGACUUUGGAUACAUGGGGGAGGGCAGCAAGGAGGCAUCUUUCCAGACAAAAAAAAGGACAUUAUUUUCUUAACACACUUGAAUGCCUGAGAACUGUUGUUCAUUUUUUCCUUCUUGAAUCAUCAACAGCACGUUUGCUUCUGCUUUGAAAUUCAUCCAGUCUGAUCCAUGGCCUGAUAUGACUGCACAGCAGGAAUUGCACUUUAGAACUGCAGGUGUUCUCUCCCUGCCCCCUCUUUAAAAAAACUACUUAGAUGAACUAAAAUGCCUUAUACAACCUCUCGUCUGUCAACUUUGCUGUUGCAAUUGAUCCUACUCCUCAAGUGAAUUUCUUCUUUGAGUUUAAUUAUCUGGAAUUACACUUUUAUUGUAUUGUGUCAAUACUGGUAAAUUGCAUCAUUCUUAUACUACAGUGUAUAUAUGUAUAUAUGAAAACAACAACUAAGGAUGUAUCUAAAUACACUUUUAUAGAGUUUACAUAAAAUAUUAAAUGCUCUUUAGGGUCAAGAAUGCUGAAUGGAAAAUCUCAAAUUAAACCUGCACAGAUAAUUUAA